UUGGUCACUGCAGUAGCUUUGGUAUCAUUCAGUGCAUCAGCAGCUCAGUGACAACAACAAACAAAAUGUUCAAAUACUUCGUAUUCGUGUGCCUGUUGGCCGUAGCGAUGGCUGAGCCCAAGCCCGGCGUGCUGUACAGCGCGGCAUACACGGCGCCCGUGGCGGCGGCGUACACCGCGCCGGUGGCUGCUGCCUACACCGCGCCGCUCGCCUACUCCGCCUACUCCGCGCCGCUCGCCGCCUACUCAGCCUACCCCUACGCCUCACCCUAUGCUGCUUACUACCUCAAGAAGUAAAUGGACACUUCAAUGAACUAUGUACCUUCGACAAAUGAGAGAGACGAUAACGAAUAAUAAAAGUAUAACGUAGAUCACAAAA